UACAACACACGAUUCAGGCGCUAUGUGUACCGAGCUAAAGUGUAGCCGGGAACAGGUUUUCAGAAUCGAAUAAGUUGUGUAAUGUAUGAUACUUUAUAAACCUCGGAGAAUUUUUUAAAUCUGUGUAGACACUUAUCUGUAGUUGAGAAAAGUGAAAACGAGUCCACGUGUUAAGGUUUUUCUGUGUCCGGACAAUAAACACGGCACUGAGGAUGACGGUCUUGAAUCUGUCCUUUGCUGCAUGCGGUUUCUUGGGGAUCUACCACUUGGGUGCUGCAGAGGCGUUUCUCUGCCAUGGGCGCCAGCUGAUGGGAUCCCUCGAGGCCUGUGCAGGGGCCUCAGCCGGGGCCCUGGUGGCUGCUGUAAUGAUCACAGCUCCUGAUAAGUUAGAGCAGUGUAAAGAAUUCACCUAUGGGUUUGCUGAAAGUGUGAGAGGACAGAGGUUUGGGGCCGUCACACCAGGAUACAACUUCAUGCUCACACUACGGGAGGGGAUAGAGGAGAUUCUGCCCAAUGAGGCUCACAGCCUGGCCUCAGAACGUCUUCACAUCUCACUAACUCACUCUGCAAGUGGCAAGAACCACAUUGUGUCCAGGUUUACAUCCAGGGAGGAGCUCAUAAAGGCUCUGCUGGCCAGCAGCUUUGUGCCCAUCUAUGCUGGACUCAAACCAGUGGAGUUCAGAGGACAGAAAUGGAUUGAUGGAGGCUUAACGGACGCCCUGCCAAUUCUGCCUGUGGGACGAACUAUCACCGUGUCUCCCUUUGUUGGACUGCAGGACGUGUGUCCUCGCCACAUGGGGCGCUUCAACACUCGACUAAGACUGGCCAACAUGAACAUUAUGUUCUCUGUGGAGAACAUCAAACGCCUGAACCAGGCUCUGUUCCCUCCAUCUACCAGCGGUAUGCGCUUUCUGUGUGAACAAGGUUUUCAUGAUGCUGUGAGGUUCCUGAAGAGCGAGGCCUUGAUGAGCUGAAGGCCUCAUCCUCAAGAUUUUACCCUUUUUAUUUACUUUGAGAAUCACAUGUUCCUGUUUCCAUGGAACGCUUUUGAGAACAUCAACAUGUGCGAUGGGCUCGGUGUAUAUUUUUUUUAUGAAGCAAAGCAUCAUUGAGAGCAUGAGAUGCGCGUUAUCAAACACACUCACUGUGGGUCUUUUUCCUCUGUUCCUUGGCAGCAGCGGAACAUGAUGAAAAGCCUUCAUGUGAACAUGUACUCUUCAUCAAUUUUCCAAGGAGGCAUUUAAUUUCCCCCUGCCCGAAGCAGCGGGAGAAAGAAUAUUGGAUAUCGCAGCAUUUCACAGGAAGUCCAUGCCGCAGUCAUGGAUGCAGGGAGCUCCCUCGGGACACGGCGAAGGAGCGUCGUCUUUGAAGUGCUUGACAGUUCCGCGGGGUUCCUCCACUGCUGGGUAUUUUUUUGAUUCCCUCCAGCGUCAGGAGAUGUGAGCAGGUUCUCCAUCAGUUUGCAGUUGCUGUGGUUAGAGCUGCUUCUCCUGCAGGACUCCUCAGUUGGAACAUUAAAUAUAAAACAAAAUAUUUAAUUUACUUAAACAGGAUAGCUUUAGGUCUUGGAAUUGGAUUAGUAGUUUUUUGCAAUUUCUUUUUUUUUUUAAAAACAGUUGGUGGCCCCCAUGCCUUGAGCUAAAGCUGAGAAGGUGGCAGCAUCCAUAUUACAACACUGCGCCUGUGCAGCAGCGACUAAACAUAGAUGUCGGUUUACUCUAGAGCGAUAGCGGUGUGGUUCGAUCAUAUAAACCUCUGCUGACAUCACUGUCAACACAGGAACCAGACAAACAUGCAAGCUUCUGGACUUAAAGUCUGUCCUCUGCACUUUACCUGCCUCGACUCGAAGCUAAUGAUGCACUAUAAUUAAAAAGUUGUCCUAUUAUGAAGUUGUAGAUUAUUUAUUCAUUCAUAGGGUAGAUUCUAGCUAUGUUAUCCCUUAAUUUAUCAACGUACGCUGCUGGGUAAUGAAUCUUGUUUCUUUGUGUUAACAUGUUUGAAUGACAAUAAAUUUGAAUAUUUUCCAGUGGGAAAAUUAAGGUAGUUUUGUUCUGUCAACUGCUCACACCCUGCAGUGAGAAGAGAAAGUGAUGAAUUUUACGUCAUGUUAUUAUCAGUUCAAAUGUGUUACUUUGUGACUUCUGUGUUUUGAAUAACUGGUUGUGACACAAACGUACUAAAUGAUGCAGCAGUGGACCAACUCCUCCCUUGUCCCCAUGGGCUAAAAAUUCAGAUUUUAUUGAUGGUACCCUGGAAGAGAGAGCUAUUUAUACAGUGACACACACUGAAGUUUCGUGCUGGAACAUUUUCUCGAGAUAUUAAAGACCUAAGCAGACCUAGAUAUGUUCAGGUGAGCCUUUUGUUAAGUGGCUGGUAGCAAUUACACUAUGAGAAGAAUACCAACAUCUAAAGCAGCUUCAGUACAUCAACCAAGAGGAAGGUGUGUGUGUGUGUGCGCGCACAGGCCCUCACUGGUUUUCUGUCAGCCCACCUGCUGGUUCUCCUAAUGAGUCUUAAUUAAGGCUUCCUUUAAAUUAAAGUUCCCAAAUGGAGCCCAGCUUUUUGAUUCAUCAUGUUGCAGCUCAUCUUGUCGCAAAAACUCACUCUCAGUAAUGAAGCACAGAAUUGGGGCCUGCUAUCUGGAAACAGGCCAGUGUGGGGGGAAAAAAAGAGCCCGUUUGUUAGUGUAAUUAGUCAACUGCUGACUUCACCGUACAGCACUGGAAAACUGUGUUCACCUGCAGCGUGUUAGCGCCGUGAUAAGUGUGUUCAAAUUCACACUGUGCCAAAUCACUGCAGACUGCUGGUCUGAACUUCUGAUUCAAAAUAAUCAGAAUUCACAAUAUUAUUGCAGUAAUUACACUCACUAAAAUGGCUAUAAGCGCAUCAGGAAAAAUUACAUAACACUUUUUUCCCCAAAUGUUUUUAUUGAGAAAGAACAAAUUGGAAAAACAGCAUAUUUCCAAUACUGGACAUACACUUAUUUUAAAGGUGUAUACAUGUACUCACCUAAGAAAUCAACACUUAUUAAACAAACUGUUAUUGCAUUGUGGCACUUGCUGAUGAUAUAUCCCAAACAUUACAAAUCUAUGCAUGUACUGUAUAUACACAUAUACUGUAUAAUAAAACAGUACUGUUUAACACAAGAGAAUUCAAAAUCCUGUUACAUAUGUACAUGCAUAUAUAUGGAUAUGUGUACAGUAUAUAUGUACGUAUGCAUAUACACACAUAAUAAAACAGUACUGUUUAACACAAGACUCGAAAAUCCUGCUAUACUGUAUGUGUGUAUGUAUAUAUGUA